CCACAAAAAGUACGGUGUGAGGGAUUUUACAAGGUUUGUUAUUGUUGUAUACUUGUACUGGCAAUUAAAUAUAUAUAAAAACAGUUAAUGCUCUAAAUAUAUAAAAUUAGGUAAUGCUAUAAAUUCAUGAAAACAAUUAUUUAAUUGCCAAUGUAACUUAAAAACCACCGACCCCUACUAAUUUGGAUUAAGGCGCUGAUAAUCGUGAGAGUUAUGAUUACCUACACACCUGUAAUUCUUUGUCACCAUGAUCAUCUAAAGCAGUUCAUAUAUUUUUUCAUUCAUGGAUUCCCCCUAAUUUCAAGACUCACUUUAUCUCUAAUUUCUGAUCAUUUAGAGAAUACACUGUUACUGUAGCAUUUAGUCUUUAUACUAGUGAGAAAUCAUAUUUCUUGCCAUGAUUUAUUGCAUAAUCUAAUAAUGAUUGCUUUGUAUGGUAUCUUGAUAAUCCAUAUAGUUUGGCACACUUGCACGCGUGCUUCAAUCGGAUCCGCCUCCUAAAGUAGUUAAAGUUACCAUGUCAAAGAGAAUACCUUUGGUUGGAGAAGAGCUAGCUGCUUAUGAGGAGGAGCAGAAUAAAAUAAAAAAGGAAGAAGCUCAAAAAGCUAGUAUGCUUAAAAAUGUUGAAUCAAAAGAAUCUUUUGGGAGUGGCCAUGACGUGAAUGACCCCAUGAUCAUUGAUACAUCUACUGUCACAAAUUCAUUUUCAAAUGUUACCAGAAGACAAGUUGGGGCUUUCAAGGAUGUAUUUAUCGAUGGGUUUGUUGUCCCUUCUUCUAGUGUCGCACCAAUAUUUCCCUGCUUCGAUAACCCCGUCGAAUGGGAUGAUUUUGGUGAAGUCAUCAAUCCUGAUGAUUAUGUCAACAAGGAUGAACAUAUUGAGCAAUCAUUGAUGACUGUUGAUGGAGAUCUUCAAGGAAAACUUGAUGAAGGAUCUGCUAGCCUUAUAUUCGAUACUACACCAUCAAAAGUUGUAUCUUCUGGUUUAACUGUCCCAGUGAAAUGCUCAUUACUUUACAUGGAUUUUGAAGGCCGAUCUGAUGGUCGCUCAAUGAAAUCAAUUCUUGCCCAUGUCGCUCCAUUAAAGCUUGUUUUAGUACACGGUACAGCUGAAGCAACAGAGCAUUUGAAACAACAUUGUCUAAAGCAUGUAUGCACACACGUUUAUGCUCCAAAAAUUGAAGAAAUGAUUGAUGUCACUUCAGAUUUGUGUGCAUAUAAGGUCCAACUAUCAGAGCAGUUAAUGAGCAAUGUACUUUUUAAGAAGCUUGGAGACUAUGAAAUAGCAUGGGUUGAUGCUGAAGUGGGGAAAACAGACAGUGGCAUGUCAUCUUUACUCCCUCUUUCUCAUCCUGCUCCAGCACAUAAAACAGUACUUGUUGGAGACUUGAAGUUGUCAGAUUUCAAGCAGUUUCUUGCAAACAAGGGUGUGCAGGUAGAAUUUGCAGGUGGAGCCUUGAGGUGUGGGGAAUAUGUUACUCUGAGAAAAGUAGGAGAUGCAAGCCAAAGGGGUGCAGCAGCUGCUGCUACUCAACAGAUCAUUCUUGAGGGCCCACUCUCCGAAGAAUAUUAUACGAUUCGGGAGUGCUUAUACUCACAGUUUUACUCCCUCUAAUCUGAGCACGGGCUUCGUCGAUUCCCCUAACAUCUGAUAUCCAGAGAUAUGUACUGCAACAUUCACAUCUCAGAAAUGAUUUGGAAGAAUACUUGUACUAAAACUUUUUGUUGUUGUUGUUGACUCAUAUGUUCCAGUGGCUUUUCUUUGUAACUUGGUAGGAUUUUAAAGGAACAGAUAGUUCAUUGACCAAGCUUAUAAUAUACCCCAUGCUUAUUUAAUUAUAUGAUUAGGAAUUUCUUGUUCAUUUAAAUCUAAGCUUUCGGAUUUAUUAAAUAAUACUCUGUAUAACUG